CAUGGCCGACCUCAUGGCCGACGUCAGUGUGGGCGAUACGUUGCGUAAGUAGGACGAGCCGAGGCUGUUUCUGUGGGUGGACCCUCUCUUGUCGACUUCAUCGCCCUAUAGUUUUUUUUGAUUGCCUGCUUCGAAAUCAACGGGGCGGACGAAGAGCGGAGUUCUUUCAUAGCUGUGACCAUUCGAGAGUACUUAGUCGCUGGUAGACCCUUCUGCUUUCUAGACAUCUGGACCCUACGUCACGUCACAUCAUACGACAAUUGUACUUUACCCUCCCCCACCAUUGUUCGUUCCUAAAUCACCCAAUCUACUACCAUAAUGUCGCCCAUUCCCAAGCAAACACGUCAAUGGAUCGUCAGCAACCCUCCGAAGACGAACGUCUCCCUGAGCGGAGAUGAUGCAACCUUCAAGCUCCAGACCGUCGACACACCUUCCAUCACCGACGGACAGGUCCUCGUCAAGCUCAAGUACCUUUCCAACGACCCCGCGCAGAGAGGUUGGAUCCAAGAUGGCGCCGAUGCCGAGCGCCUCUACGUCCCUCCGGUCCGUCAAGGCGACGUUAUGCGCUCCUUCGGUAUCGGCGAGAUCGUUCAAUCGAAGGCAGAGAACCUAAAGGAAGGCCAGCUUGUAUCAUACAUGGCCAACUGGACAGACUAUAGAGUGCUCGAGGCGAAGGAGGCCACGCCGAUCCAGGAAGACAAGGAGGCAGGCAUCAAGGCUACACACUUCAUCGGCGCUCUCGGUGGACCUGGACUUACCGCUUACUACGGUCUCGUUAAGGUCGCAGAGGCAAAGGCAGAGGACACCGUUGUGGUCAGCGGUGCUGCUGGUUCCACUGGUAGCAUGGUCGUUCAGAUCGCAAAGCACGUACUGGGUUGCAAGCGGGUCAUUGGUAUUGCUGGCGGCGCCGAGAAAUGCUCGUGGGUGGAAAGCUUGGGCGCUGAUGUCUGUGUUGACUACAAGGCGGCCGAUUUCGAGGAGAAGCUCAUCAAGGCGACCGACGGAUACGUUGAGGUGUACUUCGACAACGUUGGCGGCCACAUCCUCGAUACGAUGCUGAAGCGCAUCAAGCGCUAUGGCCGCGUCGCCGUCUGCGGCUCCAUUGCGACCUACAACGACCCUGAGUCAACGAACUUGAAGAACUGGUUCGAGGUCAUUGCCAACCGCAUUGAGCUCAAAGGUUUCAUUGUGUUCGACGCGUACCUCAAGGGCAACGGACAGGAGAUGGUGGAUACUGUUAGGAAUGCGGUGAAGGACAAGAAGAUUCAGAUCGAGAAGCAGGAAGAGACCAUCGUGCCAACGAAGUUUGAAGAUAUACCCAAGACGUGGACAAUGCUGUUUGAGGGUGGCAACAAAGGAAAGCUGGUCACCGAGUUGACGAACUAAUCGAAUUUUUAGAGAAAGGAAACAAAAUAGCUCAAUAGAACGGACUGUCAGCCUACGAAUGGAAUGAAAUUCAAGCCUGAUCAGGUGUAUAUUCCAUCUGGAUCUGCACGCUGUGCUCAAUAUGCUGUACAGUGUUCGCAGUGCUCUGCUCUAAGAUGAUUUGUUGGCAAGGCUUGCUAUCUGCACGAGCAUCUCGAGCUGCAGUCCGAUGCUGACAGGGAGGAUGACUGC